AUGGUGGAAAUCACUGAACUCGCAAAAGACAUCUCCGAGAGGUUACGAAAUGGGUCUUACGAGUGCGUUAUUUGCUCCAACGCGGUUUAUCUACGAGAUAAACUUUGGUCGUGUACUGUCUGCUACGGUGUUGUGCACAUGCCGUGCGUAAGAUCUUGGGUAAAGGUUCAGGUUGAGGAGCGGGAGAAGCGUGAUGCCACUGCUGGUGGUUCCUCCGCUUCUUCUAUUUCCCUCAAUGAGUUUCGCUGCCCUAUCUGCCAAGCUCUAACACCUGUUUCGGCCGUAGCGGAGUUUAGUUGUUUCUGUGGAAAGGUGUGUAACCCAACUCCGGAUCCCUUACUUGUCCCUGGUUCAUGUGGCGACACAUGUGGACGCCGUCGUAAGGACGAGUUGUGUCCCCACGCCUGCACGCUUAUGUGUCAUCCAGGUCCUUGUACUCCAUGUCAACUGACACGUACACAAUCAUGUUUCUGUGGAAAGACGAGCAAAACUGUGGGGUGCUCUAGUGGAAUUCAUGGCUUUGAGUGUGAAGGUAUUUGUGGGAAACUGCGUGAGUGUGGAAAGCAUAACUGUGGUGUCCCGUGUCAUGAAGGGCCUUGUCCCGUGUGCACUAUUCUUUCUACAGAUUCGUGUUAUUGUGGUGCUACGAAGCGAACUCAGCGCUGUGGCGAAAGCGGGCCGUUUCCAUGUGGAACCCCGUGCUCAAAAAUUCUUGAUUGUGGCAACCACCGAUGUCUUUCCAAAUGUCAUAAGGACGCGUGUGAGCCCUGCUUUCGGACCCCUGAGCGUAUGGUAUUUUGUCCUUGUGGGAAGGUGCGACUGCAGCAACUGUUGAAUUCGCCCAGGAAAUCGUGUUUGGAUCCUAUUCCCUCCUGCGGGUUGGUGUGUGAAGGUUUUUUACCAUGCGGUCAUACCUGCUCAGAUGUGUGCCACGAAAGUCCCACAUGUCCACCAUGCACAAAAUUAGUUUCGAUGAAAUGCGGUUGCGGAUCGCAGAAUUAUCAAAUCUACUGCUUUUUCACAUAUUUGCCACAGGGUGAAUGGAAAGCCGCCGCUGAAAGGUCCGGUCUCAGUAAGGAUAAAAUUAUUUCUCACUUUCCUCCGGUGUGCAAAAAACCUUGUCGCAAGCAUUUAUCGUGUGGUAAACAUACGUGCAAAGAGAACUGUUGCACCAAUGAGGAUCACACAUGUUACAAAAUCUGUACGAAACGCCUCUCUUGUGGAACGCACAGCUGCGGCCAAUUAUGCCAUAAAGGUCUCUGUCUGCCAUGUUCCGUGGCAUCUUAUGAUCGUCUCUACUGCCGCUGCCGUCGAACUUGGGUGGAGCCUCCGGUGCCAUGUGGAACAAAACCUCCAAACUGCAGUCAUGAAUGCAUCGUUCCCCGUCCUUGUGGGCAUCCGGCCAACCACCCGUGUCAUAUUGAAAACGAAUGUCCCGUUUGUGUUGUUCCCGUUGAGAAGAAGUGCGGCUCGCAUGCCACAGUGAUUCCAUAUUAUUUACCCUGCUACAGAGAGUCGGUGUCAUGUGGUAAGAAGUGUGGAAAGUUGAUGAGCUGCUGUGGAAAACCGUGUGGGAAGAUAUGCCACAUCGGGAAGUGCGAACAUAAGUGUCAAACACCAUUUCCUGCACUUGAGUGA